AUGUCCAGAUUAUUAUCAACUACUUUGCGUUCUCAAUUAUCUAAAAGAUUGGUAGCUUCAGUUUCAAGACCAUCUAAGACUGUUUUGGCCACUUUGCCAAAAGCCAUUGCCACCACCUCAUUACGUUCUUUCCAUAAUACUCCAAUUACUUUCAAUCAAACUGCUGAAUCUGAUUUGAAACAAAUUCUCGACAAGGAACUUCAAGUUGUAGAAGCUAUUCCUAAUGAAUUGGAUCAAAGUCAUGUUGAUUUCUUAGAAACAUCAGGAUUCAAAGUUGUUUCUAAACCAGGUAAUGCUAAUGUCGAAUUGGUUAAAAAAGAUGAACAAGGUCACAUCAUUCAUGUUUAUUUUGAUGUUGAAGAUGUUACUGAUAUUCCAGCUGAAGAAUUGGAAUUAGAAGGACAAGAAUUAGAGGAAGAAGCUGAAUCAUUAGAUCAAAUUUUCAGUAAUGUUAAAGUCUUGAUUGAAAACCCAACUAAAAAUGAGGGGUUAUUUUUCAGUUUAAUGUUACAAGCUUCCGAAUCAGCAUUUUUAGUUGAUUAUGUUAACACUCAAGCUGAUGUUCAAAAAUUCAUUUCUAAAAUUGAUAAUGAAGGUGAAUUUGCUGAUAAAUUCAAUUAUCAAGGACCAAAGUUCGGAUUGUUGGAUGAAUCUUUGCAAGUUGAAUUUGAAAACUAUUUAGUUUCUAAAGGUAUUGAUGAACAAUUGGCUGAUUUUAUUAUAGGCUACAGUGAUGUUAAAGAGGAAACCGAAUACAGAAAUUGGUUGAACUCUGUUAACAAGUUUUUCAAAUAA